AUGACUCAAGUCCUAGAAUCAAUCGCGGCCAAUGUCAUAACAGCUGAACGACAGCCACACGUCUCUAUCAAGCAGGUCUCUGCCGGGCACUGAGCGGCCGACCCCGGCCGUCCCCCACACCGCCGCCCCAAGUGCAAAUCACAUGCCGGCUCCCACCCGCACUCACCGGCCUCCUACUGGGCUGUCUCUGCCUCCUCUCCUUGCCCCAGGUGGCCUUAUGCGGCGAUCCAAUAAUGUUCUGCAUCCCUUUUGGUCGUGGGAUGCCACUUGCAUCGAGCAUGUAGUCGACAGGAGAAGGCGGCAUCGGCGAGACGUGCCUUCUCGACGAUGGCGGCCGGGAGUAGGUGAGGAGUGAGGAGGGCGUCUCGGUGGGCGGCGACGUGAUUGGAGGCGACAGGGGCGGGUGGGGCGAGGUGAUGCGGAGAGGGGGUGGGAAUACCUUCACAGCCUGCAGAAGGGAUAGCACGCAGCAAAAAACAGGAAUGCGAAGAUAUGGUCACCUCCGUCGCUUGCUCACCGGUAUGUUAGGCAGCCCGCCAGGGAUGUCUCUCCAGCUGAUCAUGCGCCUAACUGACGACGGCUCGUCUUCCUUCCGAUCCACAGGCCGCACCACCCUCCUGGCCCGCGCAAACGACGCAGGUGGCCCCUCCAACCCUUCAGCGGAUGCCGGCCUGGCGGGAGACGAUGCCAAGGGCCUGCGUUGCGUGUGGUCCCCUCUCUCCGGAUCCUCUCUCCUCGGCGACGGUCGGUGUGACGGCGGCAGGAGGGAAGACGUGUGUGGGUGUUCGUCCUCCUCCUGGUCUUUCGCCUGAGUCCGUGGGGUCCGGGGCGACCCGAUGGAUGACGAGAGAAGAUCGUCAGUGGACGACGCCCGAUGACUGAGCAGGGAGCUCUCGUGCCGCCUUGCCGGCGGCAAAGACGGCACCUUGGCAACGUGGGUGCGGCGGGUCUGUGCCUCUGCUGCUGCUGGUGGUGAGGUCGGUCGUUGUGUCGGCCGUGCGGCUGUCUGCACACGUGGAGGCGCCGACAGCGGCCGGUCAUAGCCGAUUGGCGCCCAGUAUCGUGGAAGGUCCUCAUAUGUGUAUGAGGGGGGCGUGUGGGAGAUCUGGUACGCCCUGAUUGAUAUCAAUGUCAACAACACACAAAGGCCAACCAAGAAGGGCCCCUGCGCGUGUGCGUCACUCUCAUUCGCACUCACCUCAGAGCAGCCACAUUGAAUUGCGAAGCCCAUACAGUCAGCGGCAGGAUGGGCGGCACAUUUGGGUUCAGCAAAAACGGCCGUAUCACACUCGGCGCCGCCAGAGCGUCCAUGUCGCCCAAACCCACGAUCACCCAACCUCCGGGCAGCGUGGCCGGCAGCUUUAUCCGCACACCGGCAGCGGUCCUCGGUCCGCUCUUGGACGGCAGGAGAGCCUCCUGCGCCCUCAACUCGUCCUCCUGCACCUGCUGCAGCCACAGUCGGUGUGUGGUGGCGUUGGCAUUGGUCGUCAAGACGGUGUCCGAUGGCUGUGGGGCGACACCGACAGCCGCUGUGGGCUGCUCGGGGGCGGGUGCGGGUGGAAAGAGCAGGGGGAAGAUGGGCGGGAAGAAGGGCGGGAGGGAGAUGUCGGUGUUGCUGGGCUGUUCGAUCACUGCAAAGAAUCGCCAGCUGCCAAGCUGCAAGGGAGAAAAGACCAGAGCAUACCACAUGAACUUCGUUCGUUGUGUCUGGUGGAUUCAUACGUCUUUCUUGUCCCUUGUGGCACUAGAGUGAUCCAUCGGCCAGGUGUCAGCUCUUUGGUAACCUGGCGCCACCCGCCCUUCACCGCCCUCCUGCCCCUCUCCAGCAGCCGUCCAUCGCCUGUCAAAGAUACCAGCCAUCCUCCUCCCAUCUCCUGUCGUAUCGAUGUCGCCCGGAGCUGCCUCUGCAUGCGACACCAACAGAGAGACGAGACACGAUAUUCCUGAAGGUGUCCGUGUGGCUCUUAUGCUCUUAUUUGCAUACGUCGGGGCACCAGCCGCAUUUUGGCAGUCGACAUGGCGGCUGAUGCGGCGGCUUCUCGGUCUCCCUCCCUCUCCGCUUCUCUAGUGGUUGUGUCCCCAGCAGCCGCUUCCCGGCCUGGCUGGCCUUCUGUCGGUGGCUGACUCGUGCCAGCACCGCUCUCUGGCUGCGAUUUAGGUGGGUAGUCGGCCGUGAGCGGUGACAUGAGCGCCUCACGAUAGAUGGCGGGAAGUGGCUGGUCGAGGGUUGAUAACACGGUGUGCAGAGAUGCGGCACCUGAUGCAUGAAUGGAUGGACAAAGGCAGCAAUGAAAUUGUGACUGGGGUGGUCAGUUGAGUUGAGCGGUUUUGUGUGUUUGUGUGUGUGUAGUUACCUUGCGAUGUGAGCGUGAUGCCCUCCCUCGCCAGUGCUGCGAGGAAUGCAGUAACGUUCUGAUGGAAGAUGUGGUGGGCCUGAGGUGAAUAUACACGCCAAAACAUCCAUAGUGGGAUGCAUAGAGACAAAUCGUGCGUACGACUCGCUUGCCUUGAGUGCGAUAUAGAGCUGCCGCUGCAUGUCCUCGCGCUCCUUCCGCGCCUUAUCUCUCUCCCUGCAUAAUAAAGCGGCCAACGAGAGACCAUACAGGCAACCAAAGGAGUCCUUGACAUGUGCGCUUACUUUUCGGCCUCUUCUGUCUGUUUGGCGAGCUCUUUCAUCUGUGUGUCCAGCACCUUGUCGCGAUCGUCAGCCAUUUGCCUUCCAGAGAGAAAGGCAUCCAUAGAAACGACCUUAAUUUAUCUGCUGGCUGGUGAACUAUGAGGGGUCAUGGCCAGCGCACCUCUUCUGAUCGAUCAGUAGAGCCGCCGUCUUCCAAUCCAUGCCGAACGUCUCGUCAUACUCCGGCUCGCCAAACAGCACAUCACCCUCACCAGCACCAGCACCGGCGCCUUGAGUGGCAGAUGCCCGACGAGGGGAGGGAGUAAUGAACCUCUGAGAGCCUCGCUGCAAUAGGGAGACACGCAGCCAGUGGGGAUGUUUGAUCAUAUUGGUCUUGUGUGGCUGCGUGUUGCUACCCUCGUUGGUGCCUUUGGUCGGAGAUCAGUCGUGGGCUUGGCCUGGGCCACCAUGGCCAUUGCGAUACGGGUGUGCGCCGCGUUCAGCUGGCGACGCAAGGACUCCAUCUCUUUCUCGGUCUGCACACGAUGCGCAAAUGGAAACUGUAUUCUGCGUAAGUGUGUCUGUGUGCUGUUUGCCUCUACCUUUGCCUCGGCUGCUUUGACAGCCCUCUGCACCUCCUCUGCGAUCCGCUCGCUGAUGUCCAUUUCCUCCUCACCGACACCCAUGCCCACACCGGCCUCCUGGACACAAGACACACAUUGAUAUCCACACGAGAUGAAGCAAACGAAGCAUGUGCGAUGAUCAGUGGUGGCUCACCGAUGGCACUCCCGACGUGCCAGGCGGCGACAGCGGCCCCACGCCUUCCCUCUCCCUCUCGCCCUCAUCCUCACCUCUGCUCCUCACUGACGCCGCCUCACCACCAGCAGCACCAGGACCGCCAGCGGCAGCAGGCCACCCCACACCAGCACCAACACCAAAACCUGCAGCAGCAGCGGCUGUUGCCGUCCUUGGCGAGAACAUGACAGACGGGGCGCGAGCACGCUGCCCUGCCGCUGGUGGUGGUGGCUGCAUUGCCUCUGUCGGCAUCUGUGUGGUGAAGACCGAUGUCGGCUGGGGAGGUGUCGGAGGCUGGGCUGGCGCCUGUUUCGCAGCCGCGUCUUGCCGCGCUUUCUCGUCACGACGGCGCACAGCUUGAAAGACUUCAUUGAGUUUGCCCUGCAGGUGUUCUAUCUCCAGGUCUCGGCUGCGCAACUCAUCCUCCUGACAAAUUACAAGCAUAUGCACACACACAAGAGAACUGUCGCAGUGGCCCAUCCAUCGACCCACCAGGCUCUUCUUCAUCUUUUUGAGAUAGUCAACUUCCUCCAACGCCUCGCCGUGGAGGGCCGCCCGCAGCGCCGCGAUGAAUGCAUCCUCGGCCUCCUGCACAUCAACCGACAGCUGACUGUCGCGGUCCUGCAAACAAAGACAAGCAAAGAUGGGGACUAGGCGGCCAUUCUGUGGUGUCUCUCUAUCUGCCAACCAGGCGAUCGGUGCGGCCGCCGCCCCGCAGCAUGGCGAUCUCGCGGAGCAUCGCUGCUUUGGAUGCGUUGUAGGCCUCACGAAGCCGCUGGAAGAGGCGGGCGAGCUCAUCCAGCUCCUUCUCCUUGCGGCUCAGCUGCAGCAAUAGACCCUGCACAAGAUGGCACACAGCCCAACACACAGCAUGGUGGAUGGCAUUACGAUUCUGGCUGCACUUACGCCAGCGUGUGGAGUGAGCUUGUCUGUGUCCAUGUGCAGCACAAACGUCCUGAGCGCCUUGGCGACCUCCUCGACAGCCGUCCUGAUGCUGCGGUCGGUUGCCUCCUGUUCUCGGCCCUCAACGAUGCCCUGUCUCACCCUGUACCGAAGCAGACGGCCUAUCUCGCUCUUCACCACCACCUGCGCCAAACACACAAACACGUGCAAGGCCUCUUUGCAAUGCCCUUUUGCUUUUGCUUUGCUCACCUGCAGAUGCUCCAGCUCCUGCGCUCGGUUCAUUGCAACGGGCUUGUCAACGAUGGCCAUCUUUAGCUGCAGCCGCUCAGGCGAGUGCUCCACCAGUUCCGUUGCCAUACGGCUCUCAGCAUCAGCCACCUCCCGCAGCGCUCGGAGCGGCGAGCGAGGCGACAUCAGGGCGCUGCGAGGCGAAGUUCCCGGCGGGAAGUCAGAGGUGUCCAUUAUCGCCUUCGCCAGGCCGCUCUGGGAAGUCAAACGAGCCAUCUCUGCAAUGUUG